AUUUCGAUGUUGUCACACUGACUAUUCAUGCCUUGCUCGACCAGAGAGGCAGAGACAGAGAGACUGCAAAAAAGAGCUUCAGUGGCUUACCCACAUGGCCGCGUUUAGAGGAAUUCCACGACUCAUCAAGCAACUCUCUCGAUUAAACCCUAACAAUAUUUCUCCUUCUCUCCUUCCUCCACCUUACCUUAUCUCUCACAGAGGAAUCACUUCCAAGCUUUUCGUUGGGGGGCUAUCGUUCUACACGACAGAAAAGGCCUUGUCAGAAGCAUUUUCACAAUUUGGUCAAGUGAUAGAAGCUAAAAUAAUCAUGGACAGAGUAUCCGAUAGAUCUAAGGGAUUUGGAUUUGUGACCUUUGCAUCGGAAGAUGAAGCACAGAAAGCCCUAACAGAAAUGAAUGGAAAGGUACUCAAUGGUCGGAUCAUAUUUGUGGACAAUGCAAAACCCAGAUCCCGUUUUGAUGAUGGGAUGCCAAUAGCAAGAGGACCCCCUGAACCAACACCUGACACUUGAAUUUCCUUGUUUCUUUUUUGUUUCUCAUAUAGUUGAUUAUUUGUUAUAUUGGAAACGAGUCACUUGUGUAAAAGACAAAGAUAAUGGCCAUUGACUGAAUACUGGAACAUAAUCUUAAGCCAUUUAUUUUUUUCA